AUGGCUGACUCACCCGUGGAUUCACCUCCUGCCCCGGAAACUCCUAAUGCAGGUUCAGGUUCGUCGGCAAAUGAGACAUCACCACCAGCACCACCUGUUUCAUCCCCACCUUCCCCUGACUCUGCUCCUCCACCAACUAAUAACAGCUCGGCUUCCUCACCGCCACCUGCACCGCAAGAAACCACACCUCCUCCAUCACCUCCACCUUCACCGCCUGCUCCAGUUAAUCCACCACCGAAAACUCCAGAGAAUCCUUCUCCACCUUCCCCUCAAGUCCCAACUCCUGUAACUCCACCUGCACCGCCUCAACCACCGGCUAACCAAUCACCUCCUUUACAAAGACCAUCCCCUCCUUCUCCUGGUGCCAAUGAUGACCGUAACAAAACCAUUGGCGGAAACAACAACAACAAUAACGGUAACAACAGAGACGGUUCUCUACCGUCUCCACCUUCAGGGAACAGAAGCUCCGGCAACGGUGACUCACCUUCACCGCCUCGGUCAAUCAGCCCUCCUCGGAAUAGUGGAGGUUCAGACUCAUCAUCGUCGUCUCCAGGAGAACAACAUCAACAAGCCAAUGUUGGACUGAUUAUUGGAGUACUUGUAGGAGCAGGGCUACUGCUUCUACUCCUAGUGCUUAUCUGCAUCUGUUGCAAGAAGAAAAAGAAGAAACGUGAUCCUCAAGUCAACCACUUGCACUACUACAAUAAUGGUAAUCACAUGUUUUAA